AUGUGGGACAUUGAUGAAUGUAAGGCCUCAGGCCCCGAUGGAUUUGGUAGUGCAUUAUAUAAAUAUGCUUGGGAUGAUAUUGGCAGUGAUGUGAGCAAUGUCAUUCUUGAUUUCCUGAAUAUUGGAAAUUUACUGAAAGAAAUUAAUGCAACAAGCCUUACCCUUAUUCCUAAAGGUUAUGAAAGGAAGAUAAGCUCACCUGGGUGUAUUAUUAAACUGGGUCUUAAAAAAGCAUAUGACACAGUAGAAUGGGAUUUUGUAGAGGAAAUGCUUGAAGCUUUGCAGUUCCAUGAGCACUUCAUUAAGCUGAUGAAAUUAUCCUCUGCUAUAAUGGGGACUUUUGAUGCAAGGUUUCCAAUUGUUCUUGACAUGAUUGGAUUUGUCAAAGGAAGUUUUCCCAAGGUGCAAAGUUGUAAAGUUGAACCAAAUGUCUCCUUAAUGAUGGAAGGUUUCCAAUUGUUCUUUAACACAACUGGACUGAAAGUAGGUCCGGAAAAAACAUUUGUGUUUUGCUCAGGGAUGUCUAAUGAAGAGGUUAACAAAAUUCUUGACAUGACUGGAUUUGUCAAAGGAAGUUUUCCUUUUAGGUACCUUGGCAUUCCCAUAUGCUGUAAAAAAAAAUCCAUUGCUGAAUGUGAAAAUAUUCUUGAGAAGAUGCGUGUUAGGAUAAAAGUGUGGAGUUCAAGGAACUUUCUUUCGAAAGGUGUUUCAGAUUCUAGUAGUCCUGGGAAGGUGGCUCGGAAAGAUGUUAGUAAACCUAAGAAGGAAGGUUGUUUGCGUUUGUUAAACCUUUGUAAUUGGAACAGUGCAGCCCUGGGGAAGCAUGUAUGGAUGAUAGAUACUAGGAAGGAAAAUCUUUGGGUCAAAUGGGUUCAUACUGUCUAUCUUAGGGGUCAGAAUUGGUGGGAAUAUAUUGCCAAAAAAAGUGACAGUUGGUACUGGAGGAGGAUACGACAGGUUAAAGAACAAAUGGAGAUGUGGGUUUCUGAAAACCAGCUUUGUAGUAUAUCAAAGUAUUCCAUCCAGAGGAUUUACAAAAUGAUGGAGCCUGUUCGUUUUGCUCUUGGUCUUGGGGUUUUGUCCCUUGCUGAGCUUAUUGUUUCUGGUUUUUUGAUGCAAUAA